CCGGAGGAGACCGAGGACAAGCGAAGGAGGAAAGAUGUCUCCGUUUACGAAGUCGCUGACCUUGUCGGCCGGGAGGAGAGCGGCAGCCUGUGCAGUGCGGCGCCACUCCUCUCUCACAGCUGAGCUGAUCGAAAACAUGGACAAGAAAGCCACCUGGGACCGCUUCUACGCCGAGAGCAGCAGCGGGAUGAGCGCCUUCAAGAACUUUGAGUGGUUCUUUGGCUUCGAGGCGGUCCGGGACUUCAUCAUGCCCCUCUUGCAGGCCGCGCCCCGCCCAGACGGCCUGCUCCAGGUCCUGGAUAUGGGCUGUGGCACCUCUGCUUUAGGGCCCUGCAUUUACCGGCACUCUCCUCUCCCGGUCCGGGUCACCUGUGCAGACAUCUCCCCCAUAGCCGUGCGACUGAUGCAGGAACAAGUCCGAGCCCAAGCCCUCCGAGCUCACAGUGCUUCCUCUCGGUUGGAGUUCGUGGAGCUGGACUGCACGCGGCUCCACACGCGCUACGGCGCUCGCAGCGUGGACCUCGUGGUGGAUAAGGGCACCACGGAUGCCUUGUUGAGGUCCAAGGCCGGGAAACGGAAGGCGGCUCUGGCGCUGCAGCAGUGUUUGACGGCGUUGAGGAGCUCCGGGUCUCUGCUCCAGUUCUCCGACGAAGACCCCGACGCCAGGCUGCUGUGGCUGGAGACGGAGGCGGGCGGGGUGGCGGCAGACGUCGGCGUGCACGAGGUCGGGGAGCUGCGGGGAAUGACGUACUACUGCUACCGAGUGACUCCUCGCUCGAUUGAGGAGAAACCUCCUUCAUCUGGGUGGUUGUAAUACUUCUACGUGUAAUAUAAAACGAGUUUUUCAUGAGGCGCAGACACGACCCGGAACGUCGGAGCCACCUGGACCUCCACGGUCCGGAACUGAGAGAGAGAGAUCCGGCCCGAGUCAGACCGCGGAGACAAGAGAUUCACUUGUUUAAAAGUAACCGGAAAGGGGGGGAAAUAUGAUAUUAUAAAAGCUUUAAUUUGUGUGUUAGAAUUACUUUUGCAGAGCUGGCAACACAGAGCUUAAUAAAGUCUGAGUCCGAACUUAAGAUCCUCCAGUUUCUGGAUCUCAAACCACUUCAACUAUCUAGAUGUUAGGGAGUCGGACUAGUGGGUCGGUGGUUCUGUUCGUCCCGGUCUCCUCUGGUCACUCCCCAGAGCUGCAGUCCCCAGACCAGCCACUAGAUGUUCUCAGACUCUUGCCAGUCCUGGUCCCAUGACGUCACCUGUCAUCAGACCCUAGAACGCCUAUAGAUCCACUUUAAUUAAACACCUGAAUGGAUUUUCUGCCUGCUUUCUCUACAUUCGGGUCCAGUUUGGCGUUUCCUGAGUCGUGUCCGUGUUUUAGGAAACGUUGCAGCACCAACACCUCAUCGUGUUGGUGCUGAUGGAGUUGAGCAACACAUCUGAUAAGAGUGGUGUAUUAUGGGUUUGCACAACUCCGCACUGCUGCAGGCGUGUGAGGACCUCACCUGAUGAACUCACCUGUCGGUAUUAGAGUCUGCAGUCUCAUCCUGCUGACAGCAGAGACUCGGCGCCCUCUAGUGGACCGGAACAGCAACUGUUUAUGUUGUAUUUGGGGAUGCCACAAUGGGAAAGUUCAAUAUGACAAAAGACAUUCACCAUUAAUAAACACAAUAUCUGUAAUGCAUUUUCUUAUUUAUUUGAUUAUAAUAAUUUAGGAUAGGAAUAUAUAAGCUUUUUUUUGUUUCUACCUGCACCUUUUCAGUCUCUGUUUUGUAUAUUAUGUGGAAUCAUAUUGUAUUGUCAUGAUUGACUGAAUAAAAAUACACAACAAGCACA